GAUGGGCAGUAUCAGUCAGUGCUGUGGCGCGCGAAACAGGAAACAAAAUGACUGGUUUCAACAACUUAAUUAUAGUUAGUACGGUCGUCUUUCUGCUUCAGGACAAGGGCCAGGCUGACAACGUGCUGAGUGAAAAACUGGCUAUCAUUACCGAUCUGAAGAGACCCGUUGUUAGGUUGGCACACAUCAACCUCGAAAACCAGACAUGCCAAACGGACGCCGAGUGCGCGCAAUAUCUACCCAGCCUCAACACAGCUCUCUCCAUAGUGAGCUCAGUUCCGUCCGCUCCGUACUGUUCGGAAAAGUUAUUACUGCAUGUUUGCACAUUUACGGUCGCUAUUCCAAGUUAA